AUGAUAGACCUGGAGGCCAGAGUGACAACCAGUGAGAACCAGAUGGAAGACUUGAAGAAAGAGAAUGCAGGCCAAGCAGCACUAAUGUUAUCCUUGGGAAGCCGACUAACAGCCCUUCAGAGCCAGAUGGCAGAACUGAAGAAAGAGAAUGCAGAUCAAGCAGCACAGCUGUCAGCCCUAGAGAACACAGUGACAGCCAGUGAGAGCCAGGUGGCAGAGCUGAUGGCCAAAAAUGCAGCCCUGGAGGCCAGAGUGACAGUCAGUGAGAGUCAUGUGGCAGAACUGAAGGCGAAGAACGCAGCCCUGGAGGCCAGAGUGACAGCCAGUGAGAGACAGGUGGAGGAGCUGGAGAAAGAGAAUGCAGACAAAGCAGCACAACUGUUAUCCUUGGUGAGCAGAGUGACAACCCUUCAGAGCCAGGUGGCAGAACUGAAGAAAGAGAAUGCAGCCCUGGAGGCCAGAGUAACAGCCAGUGAGAACCAGGUGGCAGAACUGAUGGGAAAGAAUACAGCCCAAGCAGUAGAACUGUCAGACUUGAAGAACAGAUUGACAACCAGUGAGAGUCAUGUGGCAGAACUGGAGAAAAAUAAUGCAGCCUUGAGGACCAGAGUGACAGCCAAUGAGAGCAAGCUGGAGGAACUGAAGAAAGAGAAUGCAGCCCAAGCAGCAGAACUGUCAGACUUGAAGAACAGAGUGACAACCAGUGAGAGCCAGGUGGCAGAGUUGAAGAAAGAGAAUGCAGCCCUGGAGGCAAGAUUGAGUGUCGCUGAGAGCCAAGUGGAGGAACUGAGGCUAGACAGAAGACAGGUGGCCUUUUCUGUUGGUUUGACGGACUCAGGAUAUGUGGGACCCUUUCAAACUGAGAUCACUCUGGUCUAUGAAAAAAUCUUCACCAACAUCGGCAACGGUUACGACACAAACUCUGGUAUGUUUUCAGCACCAGUGAGAGGAGUCUACUACUUCACAUUCACCUCCAUGGGCCGAGAGCCUGGACAGAAAAUGGGUGUUUACUUGGUCAAAAAUGGAGAGCAAAUGAUAUACAACGUCCAGGACAACUUCCAUGGUGGUUAUGAGUACAUGACAGGUGCCGUGGCUCUGGAGCUAGAGAAAGAUGACCUGGUGUACUUAAGGCUUCCUAAGGGCUGGGGGCUGUAUGAUGACAACUACAACCACAUUGUCUUUACUGGCAUCCUGCUCUUCACCACCAACCCUGCUAUGGGCCGACUCCACUAGUCCCUCUCCGUCCUCCUACAGUCUUCAAUAAACAUGG